AAUUAGUUGUUCUUGUUAUGAGAGGGUGAGAAGAUAAAAAGAUCAUAAAACCCACAUAACAACAACGAAGCAUAGAAGAAGAACCAUGACGGUGACUCCAUCAACGACCGUGUUUCGAUGCUUAUUAUCGAGUCCUGCUCUUUCUUCUCACUCUCACAAUCUUCCACUCACUCUCCCCUUCCACCGCACCCCACUCUUCCGCUCUCUCCUCCUCCCUUCUCGCCGCCGCACACUCUGCCCCGCACUAGCCGCCGCCAACAACAAGAACAAGAGCAACAAAAACAAGAAAAAGUUGUUACGUGAUCAUGGUACAAAGGGUAAUGAUGAGGAUGAGGAGGAGGAUGCUUUUGAGUUGCUGUUCAAGCAACUCGAAGAGGAUCUCAAAAAGGAUAAUUUGUUGAAAGGUGGUAGCAAUGAUGAUGAUGAUGAUGAGAUAACUGAAGAGGAACUUGCUUUGUUAGAACGUGAGUUGGAAGGUGCAUUGGGGGAAUUUGAUGCCGAAACGUUAAAUCCAGAUGUAAUUCAUGCUGAAACUGAUGCUAGUGAUAGUGAAGAAGAACAAGAAGAAGAAGAUGAUGAAGAAGACGGUGUGCCUAUGCUUAGAACUUGGCAAAUGAAGAAAUUGGCUAGGGCUUUGAAGGCUGGCCGCAGAAAAACAAGUAUAAAAAAUCUUGCUGCUGAGCUUUGUCUUGAUAGGGCUUUUGUUAUUGAAUUGCUCCGCAACCCUCCUCCGAAUCUUUUGAUGAUGAGUUUAUCAAUAUCUGAUGAACCUACACCAAAAGAAAUAUCCGUUGAGACUAAACCUAGAGAGAUUGUUCUCGAAGAAACAAGAACAGAUCCUGUGGAAGCUGGAAACAAGGCUAACGUACCAGUUCAUGUCAUGCAACAAAAAUGGUCUGCACAAAAGAGAUUGAAAAGGGCCCAAGUUGACACACUUGAAAAAGUUUAUAGGAGAUCAAAGCGACCCACUAAUGCAAUGAUAAGUAGUAUAGUGCAUGUAACCAACAUUCCUCGGAGAAGAGUUGUUAAGUGGUUUGAAGACAAACGUGCUGAGGAGGGUGUUCCAGAGAAUCGUGUUCCUUACCAGCGCUCUGUAUCAGAAACUAGUUGAUUUUUUUCUUCUUUGAUUAUGUAUUAUAAUGGAAUCUGUAUAGGAAAAAAACAUGUUUCUCCAACCAUUUUUAAUUCAUAUCUGUUUUGGGGGAGGUUUAUGGAGUGAGUUGAAGUAGUGACAUAUGUAAUAUAAUUAGUUAAGAGGUAUAUUGUUUACACUCAUGAUUUUCAUAUACAGAGCAUGUGAUCGGCUUAAUAUGGA